AUGGGCAGCGUGGAAGUUUUGGUGCCACACAAAGAGGCUCCAUUCAAAACUGAGUCACCAUCGCUCAAUUUGCAGGUUGGGGAUGGAAAUUGUGAGAAAGAAGCGUCCAAGGAAGGUGGGGGUUCUGUUGGGAAAAGUUAUCCUCCAAUAAUUGGAGGGCAUACUCUUUCUUUGGACCAGGACGAGGGUGAUUGUGGAGAUUUUUCAGGAUUCCUUUUGAUCCGCCUAACCACUAGCUAUUUCAAUGAACCUGCCAUGUUCGCACUCCCAACAAGGUGCGCAAUGUUCCUUGCUGCAGCCCAUACGAGAAAGAAGCUCAGCGCGGCCGUUGAGGAUCUCUCCCUGCACACGACGGCGGUGGAGACGCUAUUGCAGGACGUUUUGGACCAGCUGAAGGUCCUGGCCGCCCAGCAAACGGAGGUGAUGGGGCGCUCCGGCGCAAAGGAGAAAGGGGUUCUGGAGAUGAGCGGGGAGGAAGAGAGCGGGAGGAGAAGAGCGCCACCAAGGAGACCACGGUGGAGGGGCCGGAUUGGCGCCUCGGGAGUUCUGUCAAGGGCAGCAGCGGCGAUGAAUGCGGGAGUUGCGGCGGCGAACGGGGCAACGGUGGUGAGUCAAGGAGUGUUGAUGGGGGGUACCUUCCUGGCGAAGCUAGCCCGCCUAGAGUUUGGCAAGUUCUCCGGGGACGAUCCGGGGGUUUGGUUUCCGAGGGUCGAACAAUUUUUCGAGUUUCAGGAGAUGCAAACUUCUCGCCUACAGCUCACCCUCACCACCUCCGCCCAAUCUGAACCCGUCCAGUUCGAUAGCUUUCCCGUUCACAAGCUCGCAAAAAGACCCAAUUCGUUUAUUCGGCUGUAUCAAGCGGGGACAACUAUAGAGGGCGGCGAGUGGCUUGCCAAGCAGAGGUGUCGCGGCGAGGUCGGGGAGUUGAUAGACUUCCGGAUAUAUUGAGAUUAUGUCUUGGACUGGAAAAGAAGCGAAGAUGUGGAACUGACAACGGAGAAUAAUUGUAAAAGAUUUAUUUUAAUUGAUUUUUAUACUGAGA